AUGGGAUGUUCGCUUGAUAAACUAUCAGCAACUUUGAAACCAGGAAAUUAUACUGAUCUUAAAAAUGAAAUCCACGAUUUAGAUAAGAAAAAAUUUAAGCAAUUGACUAGAAAGGGUGUUUUCUUUGAAAGAUUAGAAGAAACGGAAUUACCAAAUCAAAAUAGUUUCUAUAAUAAACUUAUGGAUCAACAUAUUACUGAUACAGAUUAUAACCACGUAAAAUUAGUUUGGGAAAAAUUCAAUUUGAAAACUCUUGGAGAUUAUAGCGAUUUACCCCGCUCAUUAUUAUACAGUUCCAGUUAUACUUGGGAUUGUAUGCUUAAAUAUACCUUAGAAACAAUACAGGAUGUCGACAUGUUAUUAUUUUUUGAGGGUGGUAUACAAGGAGGGAUAUCACAGUGCUGUAAUAGGCAUGGCGAAGCAAACAAUAAAUAUAUAUCUGAUUUUGAUUCUACGAAACCAUCAAAGUAUUUAAUGUACUUUGAUGUUAAUAAUCUCUACGGGUGGGCCAUGUCUCAACAGUUGCCGUACGGAGGUUUCGAAUGGAUAGAUACCAACAUUGAUAUCACCCAAAUCCCUAAUGAUGCACCUGAGGGGUAUAUGUUGGAGGUUGAUCUUGAGUACCCUCAACAUAUUCAUGAUCGGCAUAAAGAUCUACGUUUUUGUGCUGAACAUUGUCCUCCACCCGGUUCAAAAUUGCCUAAAUUAAUGACUACCCUUUGUAAUAAGGAGAAAUACAUUAUGCAUUAUCAAAAUUUGCAACAAGCUUCGGCCACGGAUUAA